GACGACGAUCUUCAUCGCCAUCUCCAUUUUUCAAAAAUCCCCAAAUUAAUGGCGGAUAACACUACUUCAACCAAUCAACUCGCCGGCGACGGCCAUCGGAAUCCACCUCCGACUCACCGUCAUCUCAUCACCUACUCCAGAAAGCGAAAACACUUUCGAUUUCAGGUAAAUCCAUCAACCGAACUAAACCCUAUUUCUGAUUCAUCGGUUUUAGGUCUUGUUCUUCUUGCUCAUACUUUCACUUACGAUCUUCGUAACCUUCCUGAAUCGUUACUUCUCGAAAUCCUCUCUAGAUUGCCUCUGCAAUCGAUUUUUAGGUUCAAAUGUGUUUGUAAACAAUGGCGAUCCCUAAUUUCACAACCUUCAUUUUGCCGGUUUUACUUCACCGCCAACGCAGCUUCUUCUUCCAUACCUUUCAGGAUCCUGUAUAGGUACAUUUACGUCUCGAAAUUCAAGGAUAUUCUUGACCGAUUUCGUCCCGAUACUUACAAUUCCUCGAAAUUUUCUGUCCUUUUUCUAUCGAGCUUCGAAGAACAACAACAAUCUGAUCAAUUCAAGAUUUUAGCUGUGAGUAAUGGCUUGAUUUUAUGCUGUUUAUUGGGACCUUUGAUUUACUACAUCUGUGAUCCUGUAACUCGACAGUGGAUUACUUUACCUAGAGGAAGAGAUAAAUACCCAAAUCGACAUCCGAUUUUCUUCGGUGAAGGGCUUGUUAGUAGGGUUAAUGAAGAUAAUGUUCUUACUAGCUAUACCGUUGUGCGAGUAGAAUUGCUUAAUUCUCUCUCUACAUAUCUCAAUUUAGAAAUGUUUUCAUCGGAGACCGGAAAAUGGGUCUUUUACCGGCUGCCGUGCACUAAUCCGAUCGCACUGCUGAAGCGCGGCGGAGGUCCGAUUAGCUACAACGGGAUUCUUCAUUGGUUCGUUUACAACCAUGGAAUGGUUGCUUUCGAUCCGCAUAAAGACCCCAAAAGUUGUCGGCUCAUCCAGUUUCCGGUGGACAGAGAUGUUGAGAGCGAAUACAAACACGACGGGCUUUAUCGAUUGUGUGGUGAAUGUCAAGGACGUCUGCGUUUUUUCGAGGUGGCGCCGGAACCGUUUUCGUUUUACGUUUUUAGUAUGUGGGAUUUGAAAGAUUACGAGAAAGGCGAAUGGGUUUCCGAGUUUAAGGUAACCCGAAGUGAUCUUUCUUCGUCCGAUCCCGAACUGGGCACUUGGUUAACAACCGCUGCUUUUCUUCCGUUAUCGUUCCACCCUUUUAAUCUCGAUAUCGUUUAUUUGAGGUGUGUCGAGCUUGCUUGUAUCGUGUCGUAUAACAUUCGGGAUAAAAGGCUCGAUGUUGCUUGUGAAACUAUUGGCGUUGUUGAAGAUCUUUCGUGGCGUGUGGUGGUGCCGUUUGUGAUCCCAAGGUGGCCGACCCCGGUUCCGAUCCCGCCUGGUCUGAAAAAGGCUGUUAAGCCGAAACUUGCACACCGACACCGCUCGUAUAAAAUUUAUCAGCGGUUUUAGAUUUUACGAUUACGGGCUUCUUUAAUUACUCUUGCUUGCUGGUGUUUUGAACCUUCACAUAAGUACUACGUCACAAUAUCAUUAGUAAACUGAUAACUGCAAGUAUUUUGGGUUUUAGAGGGAGUUCGUUUCGUCUGUAUCGAUAGGUUCGUAUGUGUUAUGGAUUGAUUAAUUUUGUCGUAUUGAUAUUAUGAGAACGUGCAAAUGAGAACCAAGAAUAUUUUGAGAACUA